GUGCCACUAUUUCGAAAGUUAUUUUUGUCGUCAGUGAAAACGAUUGCGAUUCUUCGUAUUUAAGAAUUAUAAAAGUCACAAAGCAAUAUUGGCCAAUUAAUCAUAUACAAUUAUCAGAUUCGUGGAUAUGGCGUUAACAAUAAAUCUUACGACGGGUGCUGGUUUUGCAAUUGGGCGAAGACGGGUGGUAUAUAAACAGAGAGCGUUACUCAAACUUUACAUCUUGAAUCAAGUAACUCCUGCUAGUAGGAACCAUCAUGAGUGUUAUCGAAAUACUUCAAGGAAUGUACUUUUUCCUGCUGGGUUCGAUUUCAACAACGCCCGGUGGACAGGACUUCACGUUUACAGAGUAUGAUAAGCUGUAUCACUUAACAAAUUCACUACAAUGCGAAAUAGUUAACGCUACAGAUCCGUUCCAAGCCAACUAUACCAGUAGCAUACAGGCUAAUAUGCGUAGACUUGUAACGCCACUUGUUGACUGUCCACAAAACAUAUGCAAUGCAACAGCAAUUACCCGUAUGGUUAAACAUAACGACGUCCUACAACAAUACAAGGAUACUUUAGAUAAUAUUACCACAUCUUAUACUAGUACACGAGUUCCAACUGCGGAAAGUAUAGACGCUGUACAGGAUACUAUUGAUCAUUUACAAACCAUUUUGGGAAGAGUUGGUUCCUCAGGUGCAACUUACACUCCAGUAUUUUUCACUACUACAAUGUCAACUCCGAUUCAGUUUAUAAGUCAGUCCGACUUUUUCCAACUUCAAGAUUUGUUGGUGCGAGAUCAGGUCUUGUUCGAGUUCUUGCUUUCAUUGCUACGCUAUCAAAAUGAGAUCAAUCUAGAUAUUAUUAAGUUUAGUGGAUGUCGACAAAUCUACAAUUGUGGCUGUUCAGUUCUUCAGCUUUGUCGACUCGACUAUCAAAGUUGCAUCUGAGGAUUUAAGAUCUCCAGUUGUGGUUGCUCAAAAUCUUCGGCUUUAUCGACUCGACUACCAAAGUUGCCUCUGAGAAUUUAAGAUCUCCGACUGUGGUUGUUCAGUGCUUCAACUUUGUGGACUCGACUGCCAAAUUGCCUUAGAUCUUCAGGUGUGGUAGUUCAGUUCUUCAGCUAUUUCCACUCGACUAUCAAAGUUGCAUCAGAGAAUUCAAAAUCUCCA